AUGCUGUCCGUGCUGGCAUCGGUGCUAGGUUUGUGGCGGACACGAUGUGUUGGCAUAUUCCACAACCUAUCCGCCGCUAUCCACCGUAUCAAUGCCUGGUCAUGGCUUGGCCUGUUUCGUGGCGCAACUUCGCACAGUCCGCAUGGUUUGCAGGAGGGGCACGACAGCCACGACUCUCCCCAGGCCCGCCAGGCCCGCAUUGCGGAGGGGCGAAAGAAGCGGCUCGACGAGAACGGCUACAGCCUGACAACUGGCCAACAAGACAAGGACACAUUCAAAGACUUUGUGAAUUCGGUUGACACGGAUGCCGUCUGUGCUCUGGCAUCACGCUUCAACAACGGCGUGCCUUGCCGCAUUGAACGCAAACUGGCUGGAAGCUUCAAUUUCUGUUUAUUUGUCGAGUUUGACAAACAGGAUGGCGACAAUGGCGGUGUACCAACUCGAAUCAAGGCGAGAGAGAUGUUCUACAAGAACAGCAAGGACAGUAGGGACAUCCUGUUCUCCGAGAACCUUAAAAAGUUCGAGAAACUCAAGACGUUGAUGAACCUUGAGAAGUCUAAGAAUGCUAAGAACGCUGAGAACGCCGAGAACGCUAAGAACGCUGAGAACGCCGAGAACGCUGAGAACGCCGAGAACGCUGAGAACGCUGAGAACGCUGAGAACGCUGAGAACGCCGGUGACAAGAGCGCCAACACCAACAAGAACGAACAAGGCCAGGUCUACAUUAUUAUGGACUGGGUCGAUGGCGUAUACCUCCACCGGAAGCUGCUGUAUGACGCAGAUCCAGAACUCCGGAGGCGGCUGUAUUUGCAGCUGCUCGACAUCUUGGCCCAGAUGCGAUCACUCGAGUACCCACGCAUAGGUUCUUUGGUUCCGGACACCGACGACGUGACAGCAACCACGCGACCCGUCCUCGGACCAAUGCUGUCCUUGACCGACAACAGCUUGUGUAUACCGCCGCCACCACUGUGGUCAUCUAUGACGGACUUUAUACAACAUCAGAUCCAAGUUGUAUCCGAAUACUUUAUUGCACCAAUCGGAAACCUUCGACUCGAGACGGUGCGGAGAGAGCUGUUUGCUCUCGAUGCUCUCCGGCCGAUGCUACUGGACGUGGUCGAUCCUGCGUCCGAUAGCGGCCCAUUCAUCCUCGCCCAUGGCGAUCUGCACGCGGCGAACUUGAUUGUCAACGACGAGCUGCAAAUUCAGGCCGUGUUGGACUGGGAGUUCACCAAGACCAUGCCACUGCCACUCUUUACACCGCCGUCGUGGAUUACAGGCUACCGCGACGACUCGGAAGAUGGCAAGGAGGUCGACAAGGAAAAAGAUCGCCUCGCGCACAUAGAAUUCCGCGAAGCACUGCGUUCCCGCGCAAAGGAUGACCCGGCCAUCUGGAAGAUGGCAAUCGAGUGGUACGGCGAAGACGUCUUGUUGGACCCCGCUGCCCCGAUUUCGAAGACAGCCCACAAACGGUUUACCAUUGCGCACAUCCUGCGCAAACCGGGGGAUGCCAUUGACAUGUACUACAAGUUUCUGGCCGGUGACUGCAGUAGCAGCUCGCCUCCGAUCACAGACGAAGACGAACAAAGACGCAUCGCCAAGUAUCUGGAAGACCACCCCGAGGUGGAAGCCGAGGCGCAGAGACGGUGCGAGCAAUCACGAGUAUACCGUAAGUACCUGGAGGACAACGGAAUUUACGAAACCCUCCGGGACCGGAUGGAGGGCAUAGCGAAGCAGUAUGCGUUGAAGUUUGGAAAAGAACUGUGCGCCAAAAGAGACCCGAAGGACACAGAUGACUCAAACGACACAGACGACACAGACGACCCAGAGGACUCAGAGGACACGACGGACGAAGAGGACACGAAGGACACGGCGAUUUAA